AAACAAAGCAAAAGCAGCUGAGACAAAGCCAUGUCCUCUGUGGCUAGAGAUAGUGAUAUUAUGGUAAAAUCUCCUUUUUCUUCUUCCCUACCUGUUCUGCAACAGCUAGCAAGGAAGAGAGCAGAUCUGAAAAAGAAGUUGAAAGUCACAUUUGUAGGGGAAGCUGGUCUUGAUAUGGGUGGCCUGACAAAAGAGUGGUUUCUUCUGCUGAUUCGCCAGAUUUUUCACCCAGAUUACGGCAUGUUCACCUACCACAAGGACUCUCACUGCCACUGGUUCAGCAGCUUUAAGUGCGAUAACUAUUCUGAGUUCCGGUUGGUUGGAGCCGUAUCCUUUCAUGGCCAUCCCUUGGGUUGGUACAGGAAUGAAACCAGGGGUCGAUUAAACCUCCUUCAGACAUUGUUAUGUACAA